CUACCUCUUUUUUUUUUCUUCUCUCUUUGUUCGUAUUCUCGCGACUGACUAGCCACAGAGAGAGAGCGUCGAUACAUCCAGAUCCGAGAGAGAGGCAGCUUUACUACGGCGGAUAAGAUGAGCAGCGGCAAGGUCAUCGGCGGCGGCGGCGGCGGCGGCGGAGCGAGAAAAGGCAAUAACGAUAUUCCGUCAGGGUCUAGGAAAAUAGUGCAGAGCUUGAAGGAAAUCGUGAACGCUCCCGAGGCUGAGAUCUACGCUAUGCUUAAAGAGUGUAAUAUGGAUCCCAACGAAGCCGUUCAUCGCCUCCUCUCUCAAGAUCCUUUUCACGAGGUCAAGAGCAAAAAGGAAAAGAAGAAAGAGACAAGGGACGUACCGGAUUACAGGCUGCGUGGUGCUAAUAACACGUACAACCGUGGUGGUAGAGGUGGAGGUGGUUCUGAUCGCUAUGCUGGACGAAGUGGAUCUGCCCAUCUCAACUCUACUGAUUCUGGAAACUUCCAGGGUAAAUCUACAAACAAGAGAGAAAAUGGAACCCAGGGUUACACAAGCUCUUGGUCUUCAUCCUCUGGAGUUGCAAACCAACAUCAGACACCACACAGUGAUUCUGUUGUUACGGAGAAUAAAUUGCCACCUGCUGCCUCCAGCGAUGGAAUAUCAUCAUCACAGCCCGCUUCUGGAAAUCAAACUCCAUGGUUUGGAGCUCCAGGCCAGAUGUCUAUGGCUGACAUUGUGAAGAGGGGUAUACCACAGAGCAAGACAACAAACUCACAACGAUCUGAGAUUAAUCACGAGCAUGAAGUUAAUGCAAAUCAUCAGGUCCCUGUGAAAGAUGAAUGGCCGUCGAUUGAGAAGCCACUGGCUCCUAUUACAUCUUCUGUAUCAGUAGCACCAGCAGAGUCAGAGGCAUGCGGUGGCGCAGCUGAUUUCCAAUCUGAGAGAGUAGAUCAACAACAUCUGAGGGACCGGUUAGAAAAUAUACAGUUGGAAGAAAGUGACCCUUCUGAAGAUCUUGGAGUCGAUCAUGUGCAACCUGGCUCGGUUGGAAAUGUCCAAGAAGAGGACUCUGGAGUUUCGUCUGAAUCUAAUGAUAAUCAGUACACUUAUGAGACGCAGAGCCAUCCUGUGGAGCACCACAAAGAUGAAGAUGAGGUUUCAUCUGGUUCAGCCAACUCUCAAGAACUAACCGUAGAUGGUCAUGAUCAAGAAGCCUCGCAUGAAGAUGAUAGACGUGCUGUUGUUAUUCCAAAACAUUUGCUAAUCCAUACAGAAGAGUGCUCGCAAUUGAGUUUCGGAAGUUUUGGAGGUUUUGGAUCAAGGCCUUUGAGCAACAACGCAGAAGAGACUCCUGAUGUAGCUCCACAGAUCGAACAUUCAGAUGCUAGAAAUACUGAGUUCUAUGGUGAUGAACGCCUUGGAAGUACAGUUAAUGGAAGUAUGGGGCACGCACCUGCCGCUGGAAGUUAUGAUGAUUCUUUGGAAUCUAGGCGAGAGGUUCUGAAGCAAGAAAACCCUGAGACUGUUCAAGAGAACCAGUACGCAUUUGCUCAGUCCGAGCCAGAGUAUGCUAAGCAGCAGCAGCAGCAGCUGAAUACUGCAUAUGAUACGUCACAGACAAAUGCUCAGAAUCAGAUGCAGAAUCUUGCUUCUUUGUCAAAUGUGAUGGGAUAUCCACACUCAGAUCCCAACAGUCUAUUGGCACAAAACGCUAGGGAGCUUGAGUUCCAGUAUUCCAAUUUUGCACAGUCUAUGCAGUCAAGAAAUAGCAACAAUGCUUCUUCACUUGGUGGCCAAAGCAUUUCCAUGCCAGAGGCUCUCCGAGGCAGUGGAACACCAGCGACGCAGCCAAUGCAGCAAAACUUACAAGGUGCUAAUAUCGCCACUGGACCAGCACUUCCUCAACAGCUUCCUCAAAUGCAUCCUUACUCUCAACCCACAAUGCCGCUAGCACACUUUGCAAACAUGAUUAGUUAUCCUCUAAUACCUCAGAACUAUCCAUACAUGCCAUCCGCUUUCCAGCAAACAUAUGCUGGUAACACCUCAUAUCACCAGCAGCUAGCUGCGUUGCUUCCACAGUACAAAACCAAUCUCUCUCCCAGUAAUUUGCCUCAGUCUGCAACAGCGCCUGCGUCCGCUUAUGGGUUUGGAAACUCCACCAAUGUUGGAUCCGCCGGAAACUUCCCUAUUAACCAACAACAGUCUGCUCCUACCGGGUAUGAAGAUGUUCUGAGUUCUCAGUACAAAGAGAGUAAUCAUCUGUUGGCACUUCAACAUCAGCAGCAGCAGAACGAAAACUCGGCGAUGUGGCAUCACGGUCAUGGCUCUCGGACCAUGUCAGGUGUCCCGGCUAACACGUACUACAACCUCCAAGCACAACAACAGCAACUACAACAGACUCAGCAAGCAGCGGCAGGAGGGUAUCGUCAAGCUCAGCAGCAACAACAACAGCGUUAUGGAUCUCAUGGCUACCCUAAUUUCUAUCAGUCCCAAACAGAAAUGUCGCUCGAGCGCCAGCAGCAAAACCCUAGAGAUGGUGCGGGGGCUCAGGUUGGUCAGCAGACCUCAGAUCAAACCCAGCAGCAGCUCUGGCAAAACUCUUACUAAAUGAAGAGAGUGUGUUCUUCUUUCGGUUAUAGAGUGGUUUUGUGUGGCGAGGCAUAUGGAUAUGUUCUGAAUGUAUGUUAUAUAAUCAUCAUCUUUUAUGUCUACUCUGUUAACUUAGGUAACAGGCAAAUCUGAUUUCAUCGAUGCAAACUUAUAAAAAAGAGUUGGUGAAUAUUUUCUUUCUUUUA